AUGGGGCUCCGGGCGACAAGCCUGUGGCUUUCUCUACAACAGAGCAGGGCAGCGAUCCCGUACAGAGUGGGCCGGCUGCCGGCGUGGCCGCGGCGGUCCGAGCAGGCCGAGGCCGAGGGCGCGGGCGGCCAGGAGAGCGCACCGGCGAGGGGCGACGGCAGGGAGGCGGUGAGGCAGGCGGUCGCGGAGAGCCCGGUGCUGGUGGUGGGGAGGCGCGGGUGCUGCCUCAGCCACGUGGUGAAGCGGCUGCUGCAGGGGCUCGGAGUGAACCCCGCCGUGCACGAGGUCGCCGACGAGGCCGAGCUCGCCGCCGCGGUCACCGGGGACGAGGCCGUCGUCGCUCUGCCCGCGGUGUUCGUGGGCGGGCGGCUCCUCGGCGGGCUCGACCGGCUCAUGGCCGUCCACAUCUCCGGCGAGCUCGUGCCCAUACUCAAGGACGCCGGCGCGCUCUGGCUCUGAGUCUCUCAGCAAGACCAAAGAUGCAUGCGGGACGGGGUACUACUACGGACGGACUGACGAGGGUGAUUGCGAGGGGGUUCACGUAAAAAGAAACGUUAUUUAUCUCAUAAAAGGACCACGGGUUGAAUAGCCGAAAAUAGAAGGACUUUUUUGCAAAACCGCCAAUACCCGGACGAUCA